AUGGCCGACGAUGGCAUGCUGCUCAACUUUGAGCUCGGCGAUGCGCCGCUAAAGAGCCAAGUCAAGUUCACGGGCGGCCGCUGGCGAGACCGGCUCAAGGCGCAGAGGAGCGCGAAACGAGAGCAGCAGCAGCAACAGCAGGGUGGCCCCUCCACGACCCCGCCAAGGCGCAGACCAGCCGCGGGCGGCGAUCUCGAGUCGGGGCGGCCUGCGAAACGGCCGAGAACCGAGGAUGCAGGCCCAUCCAGACACGCAACAGUACCCAAGACGACGGCGGAUGGUGCCGCCCGCAAGCCACCGAGCCAUGCCAUCAGGACGGGCCAGGUCUCGUCGAGCCUCUUCACGUCCAACCCGGUGCCCGUCACCUCGUUCGACCAGCCGCCAGCCGAGGAGGCCGAACCAGCGAAACCAUCCAACGCGCCGCUGUCCGAAGAAGCCGAAAACUUCCACUCGCUGGGUCUCUCGCGCCGUAUCGCCCAGCACCUGGCCGCGAAGCUGGAGAUGAAGGCACCGACAGCGAUACAGAAAAACACGGUACCGCAGCUGAUCAGGGAGGAUAGCGAUGCCUUCCUGCAAGCUGAGACCGGUUCGGGAAAGACGCUGGCAUACCUGCUGCCCAUCGUCCAUAGGAUCAUGGCCUUGAGCCUGCACGAGGACGGGACGCCCAAGGACACGAAGGUGCAUCGGAACUCGGGCCUCUUCGCCAUCAUCUUGGCUCCCACCCGCGAGUUGUGCAAGCAGAUUGCCGUCGUCUUGGAGAAGGUGCUGCGGUGCGCCCCGUGGCUGGUGUGCACCACUGUCAUCGGAGGCGAGAGCAAGAAGUCGGAGAAGGCCCGGAUACGCAAGGGUGUCAACAUCCUGAUUGCGACCCCCGGGCGGCUGGCCGAUCACCUCGACAACACCAAGGUGCUCAACGUUGGUACCGUGCGGUGGCUCGUGCUGGACGAAGGCGACCGUAUGAUGGAGAUGGGCUUCGAGGACGAUAUUCGGACGAUUGUCGGCAAGAUCAGGGCAGAUAAGCUGCAGAAGGAAAAUGCUGAGGGUGUCGUGCUCGACGGCGUGCUUCCCUCCCGGAGAGUCACGGUGCUGUGCUCGGCAACCAUGAAGAUGAACGUGCAAAAGCUGGGCGAGAUCAGCCUGGAGGACGCCGUACACAUCACGGCGUCCAAGUCCGACAUGGAGAAGGACGUCGUGGCGCGCAAUGAGGCCAUCUUCGCGGCCCCUUCGCAGCUGAAACAAUCUUGCAUCAUCGUGCCGGCCAAGCUGCGUCUAGUGACGUUGAUUGCGCUCCUAAAGUCCACGUUUGCCAGACGGGGCUCCGUCAUGAAGGCCAUAAUCUUCAUCUCAUGCGCCGAUUCGGUCGACUUCCACUACGAGCUGCUCAAGGACACGAAGCCGCUGGAACCGCCGACACCAGAAUCGUCGCCGACGAAACCGGAUCGCAACGGUAUCCACACGGAGUUAACCGUCGCUCCGGCUGCAUACAUCACGUCCCCCGCAAACCCCAGAGUCCUUCUGCACAAGCUCCACGGCUCGCUCGCACAGCCGGUGCGUUCCUCCACCUUGAACGCCUUCUCGACCUGCAAGGACCCGGCCGUGCUCAUCACGACCGACAUCUCCUCCCGCGGACUCGACGUGCCUGCAGUCGAUCUGGUUAUCGAGUACGAUCCGGCCUUUGCCGUCCCCGACCACGUGCACCGCAUCGGCCGGACAGCCCGUGCCGGUCGUCCCGGCAAAGCCGUCCUCUUCCUCCUUCCUGGCUGCGAAGAGGGCUACACAUCCAUUCUCCCCGCCUCCACGCCCAUCACCCCACAACUCUACGAAUCCAUCCUGCAGAAGGGGCUCGCCACGGCAGUCAACCUUCCCUCCACCCACUCCACCGCCGAAACCGAAAAGCAAACCUGGAGCUCCCGCGCCGAAGCCCUCCAACUGCACUUGGAGCAGCGGCUCCUCGUCGGCCCCACCACAGGCGGCGGAGACGACGACCCUGCCGCAGGCGGCGACAGCGCCAGCAAGGCCAGCAGCAAAGGCAAGCCGAAAUCCCAACAACACAAACCGCCGCCAAAAGCAAAACCCAGAGACAAUCCGCUGCUCGAGGCCGCCCGCCAGGCGUUCCGCUCCCACAUCCGCGCCUACGCCACCCACGUCCGCGAGGAGCGCGUCUACUUCGACAUCACGCAGCUGCACCUCGGCCACAUGGCCAAGGCGUUUGCGCUGCGCGAGACCCCCGGCGGGAUCGGCGGCGGGGUGGCGCGGCGGGCGGCGCAGGGUGGGAAGAACGCGGCGGAGAAUAAGAAUAAGGGGAGGGCUGGUCAUGGCAAGGCUGCCGGCGGUGGUAGCGGUGGUGGUGGUGGUGGUGGGGGUGGGAAGCGCGGUGGUGGUGGGGAUGAGGAUGAUGAUGAUGAUGAUGGCGAUGGCGUGGGCGCGGUGGAUGAGGAUGCGGCGCGGCGGAUGAGGGAGAAGAUGCGCUUGGUCAUGAACGCUUCGAGCGAGUUUAAUAUUGGUUGAGGGGGGAUGUGGGGGUCGUUGGAGACGGUGGGAGUGGUAGGUGUGAUGGUGAGUGAUGGGUUGUGUGAGAUGCUUCGCUGAUGUGCCAGUGAUUUGGUUAUAUACCCCGGGGGAGGUUGCCAUAGACAGUUGGGAAAAGUAGAGGUUCUCUAAGUGGAUUGUCGGAGCGCAUCUCUUGGAGACGGGCCACACGGAGUAGUGGCAAAAGAACAAGCUUGAACGGGCUCAACUCACGCAACUGCGAUUGUCUUGUCCC